AUUUCCGGUAGGGCAGCUAAUUGAGGGGGUGACGUGAAAUGUGAAAACAGCAUAGAAAACAAAUUGAUGACAGUAAGUAAGUGUAAUCAGCUGAUUUCUCGGCUUAGAAAGAAGAUAUCUCCUUUCAAACGUGAUAUAAUUUAUUCACCAUGGCGGCAUCAGCUGGUGCCUCUGUUAUUCCAAGAAAGGAUGGUUUCUAUGAUAAAUACAUACGGAAUUAUCAGAUUCUGACCCAGGCUCAACUUAAACGUUUGAUGGAACAUAAAUAUAGUGCGGAAGGGCAAUCUUUCAUAGAGCCGCCUAUGCAAGUGUUUUGGAAAUGGACAGUAGAACAGAUUCCCCUAUGGUGGGCACCAAAUGCAAUUACAAUUGUUGGAUUGAUUGUCAAUGUACUUACAACACUGAUACUAGCAUUUUACAGUCCUGAUUGCAAGCAAGAGGUAGGUUUUACUUUGUUUUUGUCUCCAGCUUCAAAUCCCACUUGAUUAAAAAUGUCCACUUUUGGUAGUGUGAUAUUAUAGUAAUAAAUAUGUAUAUUAAAACCACCAAUAUAUGAAGAGAGCAUAUGUAUAAGCAUUUGAUUCAGUCCAUGAUUGAUAGGAGCAAUCUGUAAAAUAUUAUGUCUUUUUGAAGCAGAAGAUAUAUAGUAUAUGAAUGGAGUCCCAUGUAACUUCAAUCAUUGACAUUGUCAAUCAUGGUUUGAACAUGAACUGAUGAUAUUUUUGAUGACAAAAAGACAUUCGAAAUGUUUUGAAUUUUCAUACAGUGUUUGUUGGUGUUAAUUUGUAUAGGAUAUGACCAAUUCAGUAGAACAACGCUUACUAUGAUUAUGAUUUUUGGAUUUCAAAAAUAAGUAGUUCAAUAUUGGGUGGAUGCACAACUUAGUAAAGUAAAAGUAUAAGAAUAAUAAAUAAACUUGAGUAAAGUUAAAGGCAUACUUUUCAUAUUAUUAAUUAAAUACACUGCUUAGAGUUUGCAUGGGUAAAAUGGUUUAAAAGUUUUGUUCAGUAAGUAAUUGAGAAUUUUGAGAGGUUGUGGGAUUUAGGUGUAUAUAAUAUACAUGAAAAAACAGAUCAGGAUACAACAGAACAUGAAUAGACAGACUAUGAAAAAUCAGAACAUGAAGCAACAGAACAAUUAAAGAAAAUAAAUGGAACAAAUUAGCUCAACAAGAGAACAAAACUACGGCCAAAAGAACUAUGACUAAUCAGCACAAUGGGAAAAUAAAUCAUUUGGAUCAAAGUAAUUUUCUCCAAUGAAGGGGAAAAAAGUACACUGCUAUUGAAAUACUAAAAGCAAUAAACUGAAAAAUAGCCAUUAUAUAAUGUUUAUAAUAAAUGAUACAAAAUAAAAUAUGUAUUUAUGAAUAUGAUAGUAAGGAAAUAUAAUAUAUAUAUAAAACAUGUUUAAAACAAUAAUAAUAAAAUAAUCUUGGUAACAUGAAUUUGAAUCCAGACGAAUGCGAGUGAGUAGCUGCUGUUGAGAAAGAUCUCCUAAGACAGGCCUGCAAAACUCAAAAUGUAAGGCGGGCCAUAAUACUUUAUGAAAAAUGUGUACGGGCCAAAAGAUCAUAGGACAGUGGGGCGAGCUAUUCAGAAAACAAUAAUAAUAAAGAAUAUUUUGUUUCGCAAAGUGGGUGCUGUCUGGCCGCAUUCGGCCCGUGGGCCAUAUGUUGUUCAGGCCUGUCCAAAGACUACAAACUGUUGUGAAGGAUUUCACAAGGCCUUAAGUUCAUUGUCUCAUAGUAGUCACCGAAAAUUUUUGGAAAUAUUUGAUGAAUGAAGAUGAGAUAUUGCAUACCAGCGAUUAUUAGUAGUCAAUCCAUACAGGUGGCUCGGAAGUCAGAAAAAAAAAGAGUGACAAGACCCUUAGUAAUGAAGUGGCAAUAGUUGUGAAGGAAUAUCGCAAUUAAGAAAAUAGACAGAAUUUUUUACCCCAAAGUACUAACCUCCAAUGAUUAAAAAAUUUUACUACCUCCUAACUCAGAUUGGAAGCAGCUGCUUUCUUUCACACACACCCCUGUGUAGACUGCCCUAGACUUACACAUACAUGUACAGCAGAGAUGUAUUUGGAGUUUCUAAUAUUAAUUGUAGCUUGAUGUAAAUGCCUUAAUUUAACCUCGGGGCAUUACUAUUAUUGUUUCAAAAAGAUACCAACCAUAAAUCACAGCUUAUAACUUACACAAAUAGUUAACUUCAUAGUCAAUGAUUUAAUUAUUUUACACAUAAUAUAAAUUAAUGGGAUACAUUAAGAUUUUUUAUCAGUUCACUCAGCUCCAAUAAUCUGCAGAAAUCUGAGAGUUUGACUCGCUCUUUAUCUAACCUGAUAUUUUACAUGAGUUAUGUAAAUUUAUGUUAACAAUUUGAUGAUGAAUUCAUAGGAUACAUAAUUAAUCAUAAAAUUAUACAAUUUCUUCAUUAAAAUAUAAUUAUUAUAGUUUUGGCACUGUUGUUUAUUCUUAGCAUUUUUUUAAAAGUUUGAAGCAAAAUCAAACAAUUAACAUUUUUAGAUAUUAAACUUCCUAAAUGGAUUAAUUGCAAACAGCUACAGGGAUGGUAGAAAAUAGAAUUUUACACCCUAAGUCAAAACGCGUACACAUAUAUUCAAAGCUUGAUAUAAUUUAUUUCAAGUUGCAUUAUUUAUGUUCUGUAAUGAUUUAUUUAAUUGAUUUUUUAUUAGGCGUUCAAAGAGCAAUCAAAAGAAACAAUUUUGUUUAUGAAGUUAUAAAAGAUGCCACAUUUAUGGCCGUUCCUUUGAUAUGUUGUCAACUAUUUUUUAUGUUCAAUUGAAUCUCCUCACUACCGGUACUUAAUAAAGUAUGGACUCACCAUGUUAACAUGUUAUUAAUUUAUUUUAAUUUAUAUAUAAUUUUAAAUUUUAAAAACUAUGGCACUUUAAAGUGCAGUAACAUGUGUUGCCAAAUUUCAACUCUGUGGAUUUUACUGUGCCUCUUGAAGUUCACCAGAUAACAUCCAUUUUAGGACCAAGUUUAAAAUACAGUUCAUUUGCCCACUUGUUUGGUUGAUAAUCUAGUUCUUCAUCACCAUCACCCUAUUAUACAAACUUUUGCUAACCUAUUUUAUGGGUGACAAUCUAGUCCAAAGUCUAGCAACUGUUACCAAGAGCAUAUUGAUUGUUCACUAGCAAAAUAAAUGUCUUUUGUCAUCUUUUCCCCCUUCACUUUCAUAUCCAAGAUAAGUGUGCCACAUGUUUAUCGGUAGUUUUCUGACAUCUGUAGCUGGGCUCUGGGUUUACACUUAAAGAUAAAAACCAUAUGUCCUUAUAAAUAAUAAAAUUAUGAGAUCUUUAAUUUUUUUGUUCUAUUUUUUGUUUUAAUUAAUUAAUUGUUUCUGUUUAAAAUUCCUAGGAUGAUUUUUAAGAUUAUUUGUUUAAAAUUUAGAAAACAUCACAUUGAUUAUUUUUUAAAAAUAUAUCUUCAUUUUAUAUUUAUGUUGAUUUUUUGUAUUCCAUUAAGGCACCAAGAUGGGCUUACUUUCUGAGUGGUUUGGGCUUAUUUGUUUACCAAACUCUUGAUGCCAUUGAUGGAAAACAGGCUCGCAGAACACAUUCCAGUUCACCACUGGGAGAACUUUUUGAUCACGGCUGCGAUUCCAUCUCUACAGGUUAGUUCCGUCUGGUACAUCGAAUACACAUAUAUCACUAAAUUAUUCAUCUUUAAGUUAACAGAACGCAGAAGCUGUUUACUAAGCAAACUUGGCUGGUAAAAUGAACAAUAUAUGGAAAAUGACUGUCACGGUCAGAUCGCAUGAGUUCUCUGGAUCAGCUUUUAUGAGGUUAAUUUGACCAAUAGUGGGUGAGUUUCUUUUCCCAGUCUGCCCCACGAGUUUUAUUUUUCUCGGUCAGGUAUAAACCGGUGCGUUGUGUCGGGAGGAACCACGUGAUGAUAGGAGUGUGUGAAAAAAAGGGGAGAUGAGUUGUUUUAAGGAGUGAACAGUGGCGAGUGCUGUGGAUAUGGUGUAUGAUUUUUGUCUUGUGAAGGCAGUGAGUUUUUCUACGGAUGGCAGAAGACUUGUGUAACUUUGUUUUGUAUGUGGAGUUUUUUCUGGACACGUUUUAUUCUUAUGAAGUUUUCCAUUGUUAGGCACACUUAGCCAAUAAAAAAGAAAAACCUGAAUCUCUGCAUCGUUUGUUUGAUACUUGUAUAAGAGUCAGCUCUGUAGGAGCUAGAAAUAAAGGGGGUCUAGACCCUUGAAAAUUUUUCUGUGGCUAGUAGGCAGGGGACCGACCUCUACUAGACAACGUACGUCACGUCACAAUGACAGCUAAUGUUCUUUAAAUGCCCCCAUGAAACGUGGUGCUUCCCUGCAUGAUGCUAUUCUGCAUGUUAUAUGUCAACAUCAUUCCCAAACUAGAUGAUACAUCAUAAGAAAAUAUCCACUUCAAUGAAGAUGCUAGAAAUGAAAUCAGGAUGGUCCUGAUUGUAUUUAUGGCUAUCUUACAGAAGAUCUAUUUUGAUAUUCCAGGUGCAGUUAUACUUGGUACCAGCAUAACAUUGCAGCUUGGCUAUUUGCCUGGUUGGAUGCUGUUUGAAAACUUAGCUGCUUAUGUUUUGUUUUACUGCGCUCACUGGCAGACAUAUGUUUGUGGUACACUAAAAUUUAGCAAGUGAGUGGGCCUGUUACUCUAAGUAUAACAUGUGUAGAUUUAAAUAAAAAAUUGAAUAGAGUUCAUUGGUUGGAUAAGUAAAUAUAGGAGUUACUGUAAUUCAGUGUUUGUAGUUUCCCUUUUUAUUUUAUACCUCCAGAAUUGAUGUAACCGAGGGACAGCUGAUGGUCAUGCUUGUAUAUUUUGUUGCAGCCAUAUUUGGUCCCCAGUUUUGGUCAUUUGAGGUAAGUGUCACCAUUACAAUAAAUUAAUACGGUCAAAAGAAAAAAAGGGGGAAAAGUUUAAAAUUGACUUUUCUGAGUGUCAAUACCUCGCAGAAAUAUUUCUUUUUUAAAUCCUUUAUAUUAACUUCGCUUUUGUUUGUGGGUGGCUUGGUGGCAAAAUAUUCGGACGGCUAAUUGGCUCCCUUCCCAUCAAGCUAUUGAGCUGAAACUUGGCACACAGACUCGUUGCCAAUGACAACACAUUCUAUCAAAUUUUCAGGGAAGAUAAAAUGAAAUUCUGCAAAACUGUGCUAGAGGGGAUUCUUUAAAAAAUUUCAUUUUGAUUUUUCUGAACUAGUUUGUGAAAUUAAUCUGCUGAGUAAAAGCAGGUGGAUCAUUAGAAUAUUAAUAUAGUUCAAGGGCGUGAAUAAAAUGUGUGGUAGGGAGUGUUUGGUGGGGGGGGGGGGGGGGGGGGGACUAAAUGGGGUUUUUUAAAGUUGCUUACUAGAAGGCUUGUUUUUUAAAAUUUUUCGGCCCCCCCCCCCCACCCCCCCCCCCCAGGGGGGGGGGGGGGGGGGGGGGGGGGGGGGGGGGGGGGGGGGAGCACUAAUUGGAGUCUUAUAAAGUGCAUUACUAGAAUGCAUGUUUUAUCAAAUUUUCAGGCCCCCCCCCCCAACCUCCCCACCCCCAAUUACUCUAUAUUACAUUCUUAGGGGUUGUUUAAUUUCAUAACGAUGCUGCUCAUUCAUUGAUUAAAGUAUACUGUGAAAUGCCAGGCACAAUGUGCACCUAUCUACAAUUUGGCUUAGCUAUUUCUGAAAAUGUGUAUAGCAGCCUUAAGAAAAAUUAAACAAUUUUGUUUCAUUUCCUUAGACCCAUUUGAUAUUUUCAGUCCUUUUUCAGUUAAAAUUUGUGGUGUUAAAUUUAAAUUUGUGCAAUUUUUAUUUUGGUUUAGAUUUUGCAUGCACUCUUAUCUUUGAAAUGUGUAUAUUUAGAUGAGAUACAUGUACAGUUUGAAAUGUUUAUAUUUGGAUGGGAUACAUGUAUUUUUUUAAUAUGAUUAAGUUUUGAUAAGGUUUAAAUAGAUCACAAACUCAUCCCAUAUGAUCUGACAUCUUCUGUUUUCCAGAUUCCUGUUGUUAAUAUACCACUGAAAAUGCUCCCUAUUUACUUUAGCCUGGCAGGAGCAGCACUUCAUAUAACAUCUGCAUUUAAAGUUAUAUUACUCCAAGGAGGAGUAGGAAAGAAUGGAUCAACAGUAGCAGUGAGUUGUUAAUUUUCUCAAUUCUUUUAAGUCAGAUAUUCUUUUGUGUGUGUGUGUUGUUGAUCUUAAUAUUACUUGAGUUAUUAAAAAAUAUUAAUUUAUCAACUUAUUUGUCAGAAGUUAUACUUUCAAGACCACUAAGUGAAUUUUGAUAAGACAAUUUAUGUGUAAACAAUAUUCCUUUAAUUUAUUGAUGGCAAGUGAUUUUUAAAUGUUUUUGAAAUUCCCCCUAUUUAUUGUCUUGUAUAAAUAAAUUUUCAACCAACCAUAAAACUUGAGCUAGAUAUCAAAGUAAAGGAGUAAGACAAUUGAUAAUUGACUGAAACCUAUCACUUAAUAUGAGAACCUCUGUAUUUCAGGGUACCAGCACCAUUUUUCCAGUUGUCCCCAUAACAACUGUGAUAUUGAUAGCAUUCAUGAUACAACAGAAGUCGCCAUCUAUGUUGUUUGAAAAUAAUCCUUGUCUCUAUCUGUUAGCUUUUGGUUUGCUGGCUGCUAAAGUAACUAACAGACUUGUGGUUAGUAUUACUUCAACAGUAACAUGUCUCUGUAGAGUGCUUAUUGGAAUCACUCAGUUGCACAAGUCCAUGCCUGAAUUGAUAUCAUUUAAUUAACAUAAUGGAUUUUUAUCCUCUUAUAUUGAAAGGAAAUUGGUUUAAAGUGUUUUUUAAGACUUUCUGGCCUUGUAAACUAUUGAAUAUCCACAAUAACAGAUUUUAGAUUACUGCUAGAUUUUUAGUAACGCAUCCUUAGCAAUAUGUAGAAUCUUAUUUAGAAUAUCUGCCAUAAAUAUUACUUCUUUUCUAAAUGUCCAAGCCCCCAUAUAAAAAAUUGUAUCUAUACUAAUUAUAAACAAACUUAGUUACAUGAACUCAUUAUUUAUUUAUAAAUUAAAUAUUCUCUAUAUGUCAAGAGCUUUAUAUGUUGUAGUAUUAUGGGGAUAUUUAAGCAGUCCCUAAAAUUGUUCAACUAUAAAAAAAAUGUCCCUGAUUACCCAAAAUGAAUAUUGUUUAAGUUUCUUAGUAUCUAGUUGUCAGUUUCAGCACCAUUCUCAAUUGUUGCUUAAUUAUUAAAGGAAAAUUUCAAUGAAAACUAAUAAUUUGCUGUAUUUCCAUUAAACGCAAUUUUCAAGUUUCUUUUCCCUUUGUUUUCUUGAACUUUCUCUGUAUUACAGGUGGCACAUAUGACAAAGAGUGAAAUGGAUUUCUGGGACACAGGGUUUAUAGGCCCGGGGGCUCUUUUCCUCAAUCAGUAUUUUAAUUGUUGGUUUAAUGAGUACCUAAUCUUGUGGCUUUGUUUUGUGAGUAUUUUUAUAAAUAUAUUUAUGAGAAGGGCACACAUUCUUUUUAAAAAUAAAGCAAAUUACAUCAUUGUUAAUGGAUCCAAUUAAAAGGCAAAUAAUUAAUUAAAACAGCUUUGCUUUGAUUACUGUAAAUUCCUUAAGGAUAUCAACAAACCAGAUUAAUAUAUUAUAUUGUGAUGUCUAGCUUUUUUAAAAUUUUGAAUAUGAGAUGAGUUUUCUUCAUCAGGAAAUAAAAUUUGUGAUAGUAAAAAUGAGUAAAAUGUGCUGUUUAUAUACUUAUUAAUCUUAGUGGAUGUUUACCUAUUUAUAGCAAAAAUAGAUAGGUGUCUUCUCUUCCUUCCCACUUUGAUAUAGUAAAAACUAUAGUUGUUUCCUUUGUCUGCCUUAAAAAUGUAUUUAAAUUUAACCAAUGCAGAGGACUUACAUGUCAGCAAAAUUUAAUGCUAUAAUUUGUCAGUAAAAAGUUUUUGUUUUUUUUCAAGGCUUGUUUUUCAAUUCAAACUCUGGCAAUAGUCAGUGUUGUUCAUUGAUUAUACAACAAAUUGAUGCAAACUUAUAAUAAUGUGCAUUUUGUGUUUGUUUGUGAUCUACAGUUGUGGGUGUUGGUGGAUAUCUUACGCUACUCCGCCAGCGUGUGCCAAGAAAUCUGUGAAUAUCUUCAGAUCUACUGCUUCACAAUCACAUCAAAGCCGCCAUCCAGUAAGAAAAAUGAGAAUAAGAAUGGCACCUUCAGUUAAAACAAUGUGAACAAAUCGACCACAACACAAUUAGUGUAUAAUUCAAGAAGCCAUUUUAAUUUAAUUGUAUAUUUUUUUCAAUAUUGUUCUCUUAAUUUAUGAAAUGGUAUUGUUAUAGCUGUAGGGUGUCACACAGUUAGUAUGUUAUCAUUCCUUUUUUAAAAAAAAAUAGAUAUCUGAAAAUUUGAUAGUCUAGCAUUCCCCACCAACUCAUGUAAAUGUUUUUAGUAAAAUAUGUGGUUUGAAGAUUAUAUAACUAAACACAGUAGAAUUAUAAAUAAUUUCUAAAAGUUUGUAAAAAUUGUAAGUUUGAUUUGUUAGCUAUGGUGAUCAGCAAUUUAUUUCUGAUAAUAUUAUGUUGUUGGAGUAUGUUUAUUUGAAAAAAAAUUUUUUUACAGUGUGUAGUGUUUUUUUAUCCACAGGGACUUUUUCCAUGUUUUAAAAUCUAUAUAUGCCCAGUGAAAUAAAUAUUUCAUGUGAAUUAUGUUUGAGCAGAUCUUUUUUCUCAAUGUUUUUGUUAUGAAAUAAACCCAAACCCAACCAUUUGCAGCCAAAACCUUCAAAAUCCCAGGAAAGUGAUGAAAUGUGCACGUGUAACCCAUUGCUAUGUCUUGUUAUCACUUAUUCUACAAGUCAAUCUAAUUACCCUGUCAAAUUUUUUAUUUUGUCAAAUCACAGGCAUUUCUUCACAAUGAAGUUAACAAUGACAUAACCCAAAAGAACUUGAACUUACUGGAGGUAUUAAUGUAUUUGAUAUGGAGACAAUAUUUAGUGCUAAAAAGUCAGAAUGCAAGGUAUGGGAACAUAAUUUUUAUCUCAGCUGAAGUUAACAAGAAAAUAAGGGACAGAUUUUCAUAAUACAAUCUCAACCUUUAGAUCAGGACAAAGUUUUUUGUGUGUGUGAGAGAAUCCAUUUUUAUUGCUAAGAAAAUAUUUUGGGUGCCAUAGGCAAAGGCAGAUUGUUAAGUUUAUUUAUAUUAUAGAUAAGUUGUUUGUUUUUUUUAAAAAAAGAAUAAGAGCUGCAUCUAUUCAGUUUAAUUUGGCUCCGGAGCCGCUCCUUGACAACCUUUGCUCUAGACUUUUAGCUUUACUGUAUUACUCACUUAAAGUAAGGUUUCUCAAUAUGUACAAAUAAAAUUUAUGAUGUAUUUUAAACGUUAUACCUUAAUGCCAGAAGGUUGGUCCUUGUGUAUUAAAAUUUAACUUCGCAAUGCUAUACAGAUUGCCCUGCGAUAUUGAAGAUUAAUAAAAGGCACUUAUAUUAUGGAUUAUAAGUAUUUGUUUAUAUCAAAUUCUUUCUGUUUCUACAUUUUUGUUUUAUUUUUUUUACCCAGAGUUCACAUUUUCCUUAGGGAUAGUUUCAGUUAUUUAUUGUGGAACUUGUCCAAACUACUACAGCAGAUAUUUAUUAAAGUGUGUUUUUCCUAAAAGUGAAAUUUAUACAAGGUAAUGAUAACAUCUCUUGCACUCAAAUUGCAUACAGAUCUCAGCUGUUACAACUAACAGUUCUCAUAAUAUUAACUAUCCUUAAUUAUUAAUUGGAUUAAUUUUUUUAUUUUUUUUUAUCUUUGUUAAGGACUUGUCUAUUUUGUCUACUGAUGUAUCCUACAAUAAACCUGUUUGUUAAAAUCAAAUCUACAUGUACAUAUUUUUUUUAUGUCAUUAUAAUUUGCUGAGUACAAAUAAGGUACCUUUGUUUUUUAGAAUAUUUUGGAUUGGAAGAAAACAAAAAAAAUUAUAAAACAGUGAAAGUAUUUUUAGAAGGAGGAAUUAAUGUAUGUUGUCUGUGGGUGUUGUUGUUUUUUUAAAUUGCAGUCACUUCUGCUAGCUAAAAAGGCAUUUAAGAACUUGAAGAAAAUGAGUAAAGAGAUGGUGCCUUCACAAUUAUGUUUUGUUUUUGUAAUCCCGAACACAUUUCCUGAAAACUAAGACAAGGGAAAGAGCUUAAAUUGUAGCUUGGGAGAAAUAAUUUAUUUGCAUCAUUCUGGUGUCAUAUUUCAUAAUCAUUCUGUCUUCUCUAGCAAAGGAGGAAACAUUAUUUUGACAAUAAGUGUAGAAAGAUAUUGUGUGGGAAAAAGGAAAAUAAACUAUACAUAAAGGCUGCUGCUAUUUGGACACGGGCCGGGUCCGAGAAGUGAGAGUCUGAGUUUAUUAAAAAAUAUUUGAAAAUUAUUGUAGGGUUUGUAAGACAAAAUGUGGACAAUGUGGUAUCAAAAAUGGAACCUGAAACGCAUUGCCGCUAUUUGGACCCGGGUCCCAUUAGACUCAAUGCUAUUCAGAUGUCAUUUGUGGUAGUUUAUUUUAGUUAAACUAAAGAAGUAAGUUAACAAACAUAUAGUCCAUUCAAUUAUCUUUCAUUUGAUACCAAAUUUUGUCUUAAAACGUAACAAUAAUAUUUUUUUUUUAAAUUUUAAUACCAGCCUCUCACUUCUCGGACCCGGGUCCGAAUAGCCAUUUUGUUACAUAAAUGAAGGCUUGACAUGAAUGGAGAAAAAGAAAUCCAUAAAGGGAGCUAAUCAGUCCUGAUUGAAUCUUUUGUAAGUCCCUCUCUUCAGUCUGAGGUGUGAAAAUCAUAAUUUUGCUGCUAGUGAGGCCUAUCUCAUGAUGAUUGUCAAAAGGAAAGUACACACACACAAAAAUUAGCUAAAAUGAUUUAAACCUUGUUGGUCAUGUGAACUUGAUUAAACCAUGUGGAAAUUAUCCGUACUGACCUGUGCAAUGAAAUACUCUAGUAUGGAUAGUGUGGGGAACACAGCCAGUGUUUCUUUAAUCCAUCAUCUAAUUUCUUAAUUUUUUUUAUCUAUAUCAGUUGUAUCAUCAUUAUAUCUCUAAAUUUGUAUGUCAAAUUAUAUGGAUGCCUGGAUUUAGAAUUUCAAAAAUGUCAGCAUUGUUGUCUUUUUGCACAAUUUGUUCCCUCAGUGUUCUUGUUAUUUAUUUUUUCUGCUGAAACUGAAAAUAAAAAAAAUUAACAUCAUCCAUUAAAUCUGCUCACUUAUUUUAAGGCAACUAAUCUAAUGAUAAGUCCUGAGAAUUAUUUUUUUGAAUCAAUUUUUGUUUGCCAUUAUUCCUUGACUGCAUGCUAUCAGCAUUACAAAUAUGAAUGGAAUAAUUAAUAAUAGCCAGUUAGGUUUGACAUCUCAUCUGCCCACAUGUUUACACCUAAUAAGCAUUAUCCUCCCCAGAGUGGGUAAACUUUUGCUGCAGACGCCACAUGAAAAAAAAAAUCUCAACCUGCUUGAUAAUUUUUAAGAAUCUGUUUUAUUUUUAAUAUAAGCUAGGCUUUGAAGAUUCACUCCCCUUCUAUUUUGAAAAUUCACUCCCCUUUCAGUUUGAAAAUAAACAUUCAAAUAUCCAUUUAGAAGAACAUUGAAAAUGAAAAAUAACAUGUUUAAAAUUAUUUUGCAUCAUUUAAUGUGACUCAGGCUCGUCAAUAUAUUUUAAUUUUGGAAGCACCAAUUAUUAAAACAUUAAGAUUGUACAUUUGUGAAUAAUGGCAGCUUAUGUGCAACUGUAAAAAAAAAAGUUUAUAUUUAAUUUUGAUUUGGUUUGCUGCUCUUUUUAAAGGUUCCUUGUGCCUGUUAUGAAUUAUUUUAUCCCAGAGACCCACAUAUGUGACCAUGAAAAUAAAACAACAUGCAAAGAGAUCCCAAAAAGGAAGCACAAGAAAGUUGAAACAAAAAAUGAAUUGCUCUCAUUGUCAUGAAAGCAAACAAAAAUUCUUAUGCUAAGGAUAAAAUUCCAUUUUACAGAUUUUAUUGUGAUUUUUAGGGUGGCUCAUGAAGAAUAUGCACUUUAGCAGGAUGGACUUAUGUCAAAUACAUUUCUUCAACUGCUAUUGUGCCUGUCACACUGUCCAAGGUUUGUAGAGACACUGUGUGAUGUUCAUCCACCAAUGGUUGCUGACAGUUGGACAAUGUAACAGUUAUUUAAAUAUUUCUCUUCUUAAUAAACAAACAAUCUGGAAAUUUUUUAAUUUAACACUACUAAAAUGUAUCAAUAUUCUUUCAAUGUUUUGCCAAAUAUUUUGUUUAAAGAAUAAUAAAAAUCUUUAUUUAACAGGCGUGUAACAUUGUGCAACUUCAGACAUUAUUGAAAUAGGCAAUCAACUCUUCAUUUUUAGAUUUUAUAUUAGUUAACAGAUAUCUCUCAUAAUGUAAACCAUUGUAUGCAUUAAUUAAUUCAAAAUAAUGAUUUUUUUGUGAGCAAUUAUAAGCCUCAUGAUGUAUGCCUUGAGCCAAUGUACAUUUUAAAUUAAAACAAAAAACAAACUACACAUAUAUUUUUCAUCUUAUUUAAAAAUGCAUUUAUUGAGCGAAAAGGGAAAGCUUAAAAAGCUAGACCAAAAAUCAGUAGCAGAUUAGCAGGGAGCUCAAAAAGAAAUGGCAUUAUGUUCUCAGUCUGCAAAUGUAGCCUGCAUAAUGCAUAAGCUCAUCUAUUGUACUCUUACAAUAAAAAAAAUCAAACCCUUUGUGACUAAUAUAAUAAAUGUAUAGACUUUUAGAGUAUAUUUGUAUCAUAAAUUAAUCCCCUAAAGAGAAUUUUCAAUGAAUUCCUAACUUGUGAACAUUUUCAAAGCCCGAUGAAAUAUUUUGUCAAAGUAUUUCAGACGAUGGGAUCCGUCUAUCUGUCCGACUCUUAAAGUCCCAGUACAUUUAGUCAAGAUUGCAUAAACCUGUCCAGUCUGAUGUUUUCAGUAAUCACACUUGGAAAUCAAAUUUAAUUGCACAGAAACAUAAAAUAAUAUGACUAAAUGAAUCUAAAUAAUUCUUUCUGCUAGCCAUAGAGUAAUUUGAAAAUAUCUGCUGCGCAGAUCUUUCAUAGUUUUAACUGGACUUUGCUGCACUUUGCACUCAUACCAUUUUAAUAAACGUGUCAUAGAGCAAGCCAUAACUAUGGGUUAAUGGGUAACACUUGCACACGACUGCAUAUUCCUCAUGAAGGUAAUAAAUCCAGAACAAAGCUUUUAAAAAAAUGUAGCUGUUUUUUUUUAGUUUUUAAAAAAUAGUUGCAUUAUUUUUCAAUCAGGUCGUUGAAGUGUCCAAAACACACCUCCGACUCCUCACAUUGCCUCAGAAGGUAAGACUUUGUCAAGUACUCAAGUAAUGUUACUUAUUACAUACCUGACAAAACACCUAGCUUAGUGUGUCAUUGAUAAAGUUUCUGUUUUAACGCAACAAAACAUUAACCCUCCUCAUUAUACCAACCUCAGUGAAAUUCAAUUUGCAUCCAAUAAACUUUUGAGUCAUGUGAUGUUGUCCAGGUUGUUUUAUUUACUUUUUUGUUACCAUACAAGAUUUUCUUGCUUUUUAUUUUCACUUAUUAAUUGUAAUAAUGUAAUAUAUGAAUGUUUAUAAAAAGAAAUCAAUGUGUAUGAUAACUCUUACCUCCAGUUUAAUAAUUCAUUAUAAUUGCUUUUAAAGGUUAG